AUGGAAAAUAUAACAGGAAAAGAUAUUUUCCUUUGGAGUCAACAGAAAGGGAAAGACCCUCGUAAAUGUAUAGCUGUAGUGGGGAACUUCUCAGCUUUCUCUGAUGCAGAUGUUAUUUCUCAAAUAGGUACUCUAUUUGGUGUAAUGCAACCCCAAGUGAUUGAUAAAUGGAGAGGGGAAUUGGGAAUGGUAUGCGCCUUUUUAAUAGAGAAUAAAAAUGAAUUAGACCCCUAUUUAAUUCCUGCAAUGAUGAUGGCAGAUAGAGAUACUGGUAGACGUUGGAGCAUUAUUAUGCCUGCAGUAAGUGAGGGUGAUGAUAGAAUCACAGAAGCAUCUGCAGGAGAUAUUAAUGUAGGACAAAGAGAGAAUAGUGGAAAUAGUGCUGAAGGAGUAGAAGAUAAUAAUACUCCAGUAAAUACAAAUGAGGAAAAAUUAGGAACCCAAUUUGAGACUAUAGUGGACAGAGUUGUCACGCAGUUAGAACGUUGGCACUAUGAAGGAAGUUACCGUAGAUUAAGAGUGUUUUCAGGGAUGCAGCCUGUACCUCAAGGGGAGGAAACAUAUGAGGUAUGGAAAGAAGCCGCAGUUCAGCAAACGGAAGAGUGGCAAUGUCCUGAUCACAUAAAACGUCAGAGAGUGGUAGAAAGUUUGCGGGGCCCGGCAAUGGGAGUAAUCCAAGCAGCAAGGAGAAGUAAUCCGAAAGCCACCCUUGAAACGUACUUUGAGGCAUUAGAUUAUGCAUAUGGAACAUUAGAGGAUGUAGGGGACUUAAUAUCCAGGUUACACCAUACAUUUCAAGAGACCGGAGAGAAGUUAAGUACGUAUCUGUUCCGGUUAGACAGAUUGUUAUAUAAGAUAAUAGAAAAAGGGGGAAUGAAGAAAACAGAAGUAGAUGAGAACAGGGUGAAACAGUUAUUGAGAGGGGCAUUAACUAAAGAUCCGAUUGCACAAAAGUUGAGGUGCUCAGAGAUAAGUAAAUCCCCUCCAGCUUUCAAUGAAUUAAUGAGAGAAAUUAAAAUGGAGGAAACAAUGAUUGAUAUGCGGGAACGCACAGUCAAGAAAGUAAAAGUAGUAUGUCCAACUGUGGAGAGUAGUACAUUAGAGGAGAAGAUUUGUAAAAUGAUUGAAGAACAGAAUAAAAAGAUAGACCAAUUCAUAUCUUCACAGAGUAGAGCAAAUGCACCUCAAAGUAAUACUAAUGUAACAUAUCCUCCAUUGCGAGGUAUGGGAAGGGGGUAUAGGUAUAGACAAAGAGGCUGUUUUACAUGUGGAGAAUUAGGACACAGAGCUGCUGAAUGUAGUCAAAGUCUAGGAAACCAAACUAAUACUGAUCAGGUCACGGAAAGGGGAAACGGAAGAGGGCGGCCUGUGACCCCCGCACUGGCCCCCUAG